CCGGCCCAGGGUCAGACUCCACCCCUCGGCCGGCGUCCCCACGGGGCAGUCUUUUUCCGGAGGGAGCGCCAGAGUAGAUGCCUAGAUCCGCAGGGCCUUUUCUUUGACCCUUUUCCCAACCUUUCUUUAAAAAAAAAAAAAAAAUAGCUUCUACGCUCCUUUGGCCUGUGGUCUUUCCCUUCCCUGAUGGGCUUCCGGUGUCUUCCCUUCUCCACUGAUCGUAUCUUUCUGUUUCCAAAUCACAUCUGCCUGUCUGCCUUGACGAAGCUGUGUCAGAGGCGGGAAAUCUCCUCUUGGUUGGCCCGAUGGUUCCCCAAAGAUCCAGCCAAGCCAGUGGUGGCACAGAAAACACCCAUCAGGUUGGAGCUGGUUGCCGGGAAAACCUACAGGUGGUGUGUAUGUGGCCGAAGUAAGAAUCAGUCUUCCCUGUGCCGGAGCCUCUCCCUUUCCUUCUGGAGAACUCUACCCCAUUUCCCCGUGCUGUGUGGUUGGGAUGAGAAACCCAGCUCUGAAGGCUUACUUUGUGGCCUUUGGACAGCCCUUCUGCGAUGGCUCCCACUUCUUCCAGCGCACUGGCCUUUCCCCACUCAAGUUCAAGGCCGAAGAGACACGCACAGUGGCCCUCUGUACCUGCAAGGCCACUCGGCGGCCCCCUUACUGUGAUGGUACCCACAAGAGUGAGCAGGUACAGAAAGCGGAAGUAGGCUCCCCGCUCUGAGGGGUACCGAGACUGCGAGCCUCUUCCAGGCCUCCCUUCCUUGAAGGCAGUGGUGCCACCCACAGAAAGUAACAUCCAAGGACUACAUCUGCUUGUGAGCAGUGGUUCCCUGAGAAACUUGUGCUCUCCUCUUGGGCAGCGGAGAGCAGACCCUGGUAAAGCUGUCAUUAAAUGCUGA